AUGGAUGGGUAUAAACUAUGGUACUCUGGAGUCCUGAGGGGUAGGAAUGGAGUGGGUAUCCUGGUAGAUAACCAUCUUAGAGAUUCGGUGGUAGAGGUUAGGCGGGUGAAUGAUAGACUAAUGACUAUUAAAUUGGUGGUGGGUGAGUGUACUUUAAAUGUCGUUAGCGUGUACGCGUCGCAAGUAGGCUUGGAUGAGGAGAUUAAAAGGCAUUUUUGGGAGGGGUUGGAUGACAUCGUUCGUAGUAUUCCGCCUUCGGAGAGGUUAUUCAUAGGAGGAGAUUUCAAUGGUCAUAUUGGGUCGUCUGCAGUUGGUUAUACUAAGGUGCACGGCGGCUUUGGUGUCGGAGAGCGGAACGGAGGGGGCACUUUACUGUUGGACUUUGCCAAGGUAUUCGAUCUAGUGAUUGUGAACUCAAGUUUUCCGAAGCGGGAUGAGCAUUUG